CGCCACCGCACUUUGCUGUGUUGCUGCUAAGUAUGCAUAAUAGCAAGCUAGACUAGCUAGUAUAGAUACCUGCAUCAACCUCUCUCUGCCCAGAGCAUUGUCGUCGAUCUGCAUGGUAUCAUGUCUAGCAUGAUUCCCACCGGAUCCACAGAGCCCGUGGCAUCGGCAGCAGAGAAAGCACAAGAGCCUGAUGCUGCGACGACUGAUGAGAUCUUGGCGCCGAAUCCUGCCGCCAGAGUCACCCCACCACCAUCGCCACCACUUGUUCUGGAAAAUGCAACUCCCACUAGUUCCACCGUUGCUACCCUUGAUGCUACCCAACCAAAUGCUGCUCCUGCCACUGUUGCUACCACCGUUGAUGCUACAGCUACCCUUGCUGCUACCCAACCCAAGAUUUUGUGUUUUGGCAUGUCGUAUACGUGCAUUCCCAAGUCCAUGUUAAAGCUCAAUGUUUCUUUCCAGGAAUGGUCGGAAGGACGCACCGAAGUGACACCUGCCGAUGUGGUCAAGGCAGUCCGCCAAAACUUGUUGACCGAAAUGGACGGUCGCGACAUGGCUCGGUGUAUCGCAACUGAAAAAACCUGUCAAGUGGAUGUCUUUACUGUCUCGCAAGAAAGGGCCGCCGUGUACGACGACACCCGACACUUGAAUGCCAAUUUCAAUCGUCAUCGAUUGAUUCAUCAGUUGUACACCAGUUUUGCCACGGACAAGGAGGGGAAUCGGCAAUCGACCAACAACGAUAACAACAAUGGCAGACGACAACAAUCGUCCUUUGAUGCCAAAUACACCAUUCGAUUUCGACAAGCUAUACUCGACUACUACUGGAUUCCACAAGGGUGGGAUAGCAAUCAUUGGUCUCCAUCCUUCUUUUCCGACAUUCUCGUUGGACUGGUCCAAAAGGGGAUGCUCGACAUGGAUGGCAACGACAACAACAGCAACCAACAGAUUCCCUGUGCCGUAUAUCUACCCUUUUGUUUUCACUGCUUUCGGCAAGUUGUCAAUGCACUCGAUUCACUCAAAAAGUAUUAUGCCAUUUCCUUUUUGAGAAAACCAAAUGAUUUGGGGGAAAACACUCUGUGGCGGGGAACUCAAACAAUUGACGCCGAAAUGAUGCAAACGCGUCUGGGAAAACGACGGGAUCAGGAAGAAGUAUAUUGCACUUUUGGAUACCAAGAGGUUGUCGAGGCCGCAACGGGUAUCAAGGAUGAAACCAAGGAUACUCUCUUGCAUAUACUGAAGAAAUUGGAAGACUUUGACGAUAUCCGCUUUCUGAAGUUGCGACCAUUGCGACAACAUCAUCCUACCCUAACGAUUCCAAAAGACCAGCAUGAAAAGGGGGGCUUGAAGGGAUUGGUGGAUCCACGUCGAGUCAAGCGUGGAUUUCGGGCAUCGUUGGGUGAUAGUGGCGACAACAGCAGCAGCAAAGUCGGUGCUCCGAAAAAUGAAAUUGUGAAAAACACCGGGGACGCGACUGGGAAUAACCACAACAAAGAUACGAAAAAGGCACCAAGGACACCUCGGGAGAAUAGCAAGAAAGCUCCACCGCCUCAUAUGGUUGCAACUAGCUUGAAGAGCAACCAUGCUUCCAAAAACGAAGCACUCCAUCCGGCAAGUUGUAAGAGGAGCCUAUCACAACAAUUCCGGAUCUGGGAAACUAUCAAGAAGAUGAAUUUUCCCAACGGCGCAGGGUCUCGCCCGACCAGAAGGGCGUCCUCCAACCAACAAACUAUCAAUGUGGAACAACAAUCUGCCGUCAAGCCAGGAUGCAAAAGAGUUGUUCCUCCGACAGUAACAACGACAGCGACGCCAUGGGCUCUACCGGUACCGGAAGCAAAGAGAAGAAAGUUGGCACGUGGUCGAAAGACCAGACGCGUACUCUUUUUUCGGAGCCAAGGCCAUAAUUCGCCGCGAUCGUGUUCCAACGACAAGACGCUGUCAUCUACACCAGCGUCCACGACAACGCGAUCGUCCUCUCGUGGGACACGAUCAUCCCCUCGCGGGGCACCCUUACCCGAACAAACAGCCCAACGUCUCCCCUCAAGGCUUGCCAGAGAACUGGCAUGGGACAUGUCGGAUCCAACACCUGAAAGACAAGAAGCAUCUCCUAGCACCCCAUGCACAAGAAGCACACGAUUGGUAUCGCCGUCACCGACAUCCGUGUUGUCCCCAAUGGUGGUGGAACAGCAUCCUUCAGCUCGUCGUUCUCUACUAGUGAUUGGUGCACAACAAAAGGCAAACGCAAGUUGUACUGUUGGGAAGAAAUCUCAGAGGACGGUCAUUGCUCGAGACGAUAUUCUGAUCCAUCACGACGCUCGUAGGAAUCAUGAACAUCUCGAAGGAGAGCACGACACGCAUGUCAGUGGGUUCGUCCCUCCAGAUUGGGGACCCAUUACGCAUCUGCGACAACAAGGCUUGGUAGAGUGGCCCAAUCCGAAACCUGUACAAGUAGCAUCGAAAGUGACGCCUUGCAGCUACAAGUGAGUCGCGACAGAAUGGAAGUGCCAACGAGCGAUGCAGACGAAUCCUGGGUUUUGUAGCGGUGUGAACUGUACUAGCUAGCUAAUCUUUUAAAAAAUUUAACGUCGUACCGU